UGAUUUUGGAUUCAUUGUUGAAUAGUUCUAUUGAUUAUUUUCUAAAUGCAUUGUAAAAUUCAAGCUGGUUUUGCCUUUGUGAUUGAAUGAAAUAAUUUCUAGCUCCAGCUUUUGUUUUUCUUUUUAGCUAGAAAAUAAAUUAAAGUGAAAAGUGCAACAGUGACAGUCCACCCAAUGUACAAUCUCAAAACUAAUGCAGGAAAUACAUAAGACACAAGCACAAAUUAAAAUCUUCAGAAACAACAGCUCCCUAAUCGACAUGAAUAAACAGGAAAUGUAAUGUAUAUCUCUAAACUCAAUAGAACUUGAUGCCCACCUUGAAGCCGAAAGGGGCAGAGAGGUUAGAAUGUUUGAUGAGGGAUUUCGUGUGGGAAGGAAGAAAGACUGCUUGAUGAACUGGGAGGUGGUAUCUCGAACAAGGGAGAAAGGGAUUGGGAGAUUGGCGAUUUGGUCCAAAUAAAAAAGGUUGCUGUUAUUAAGAGUAACUAUGACUUACAUAAUAUUAGUUAGGAUGCUAAGCAGGUGGUUAGGGGUUCUAGUAGGUGGAAUUGGAGUGUUUCUGAAGUAAUGGAAAGCUUUUUUUGGCUGCUGUGAGUGGGGAAAGGGUAAAUGUGAGAUUGUGGAAGUAUUGUUGGGGUGGUGAAGAACCAUUUUGCUCUAGUUUCAUAGUUUAUUUAGAUUGUCCGGUUUGCGGAAUUCUAAUGUUGAUGGAUUGGGAUUGUGGUUUUCAAAGAAACUUGAAUGAGGAGGAGAGGAGAGAAGGGAAAAGUGUGGUUGUAAGAAAAACUAUACUUUUUGGAAAAACAACGUAAAUGUGAGACAGCUGCACUCUUUACUUUGUGUUUUGUUAUGUAUGUUCGUAAUAGUAACUAUUAAUGUAGUUAUUAAAGGUUGUAUCUUGUUGAAAUAUUUGAUAUGCUACUAUGUGUCAGUAAGAAUAUGUUGAGACAUUUAUUCUAAUUGUUAUCCAGAUGGUAGUUGCUGACUUAUUUACUGUUUCUUUAUUUUGUUCUUUUUUACAUGUAGACGGAUGGAGAGUGCUAGAAUAGCAAGGUGUAGUUAUCGUUCAUUAACUGUUGUCAUUGCAUUGUCUGAAAAUAGUAAAUAUUUGGAUAUUUGUAAUGAGAUAUGCUUAAGGUUUAAGGAACUGAAAGUGGGGAGCUUUGACCUGACGUAUUCUCUUCCUGACCACCCUAAUUGUUUGCUGCAAUCUGAUAUGGAUUUGCAUAUGAUGUUGAUGUGUUUAACAAUGUUGAAGAGUAGUUUUGUUGAUAUAUUGGUGAAGGAUCUUGUGAGUUCAAAUAAUGAUAAUGGUGAUCAAAAGUGUGAAGAGUCUGAUCAUACAGCGUCUAAUCAUGCAAUGUCUAAUCGUGAAGUCUCGAAUCGUACAGCACCUUUAUCAUGCACGUUAGAAAGUCGUAGUGCCAUUGAUGAGAAUGACCGUUUUGGGGACUCCAGGUUGGAUGGAGGCAAUGCCUAUUUGUCUCAGUACUGGAAGGAAUAUAUUAGUCAUGACGGUCAGAGAUUUGAGGGGGGUGUAACUGAAUUUCGUAACAAGUUGUGUAAGUAUGCUGCUCAUAUGAGAUUUCGUAUUGCUUAUGUAAAGAAUGAGAAAGAACGUGUCCUUGCUGAAUGUUUUAAGAAGAUUUCAGAUGGUUGUAAUUGGCGUAUAUAUGCUUCUCUAUGUCGAGGGAAUGGUUUUUUCUACAUAAGGAGUCUGAAUAAUGUUCACACAUGCACGCCUGUUGUCGAUCAACAGAAAAGUAAGAUGAUGAGUUCAAAGGUUGUAUCUUCUGUUCUCGUGGAUCAAAUCCGCGAGAAACCAACAAUUAAACCAGCAGAUAUUGUCAAGGAUUUUAAGCAAAAAUAUGGUCUUGAUAUCUCUUACCAUAGUGCUUGGCACGGGAAAGAAUUGGCUAAGAGUGAGGUUCACGGUAAUGAAUCCUUGUCCUAUAAUCAGUUAGUUCAGUAUAGAGAUGCUUUAAUGUCAACUAAUCCAGGGUCACAUUGUGUCUUGGAGUGUGAUCCAACAACUUCUCGCUUUCAAAGAUUGUUUAUUUGCUAUGGUGCUUGCAUUGAGGGAUUUAGAUGGUGCAGACCUUUGCUGUUCAUAGAUGCGACCGAUUUUAAAAGUAAGUAUAAGGGGCAGCUAAUUGGUGCUACCGGGAGGGAUGGAAAUCAAGGAUUUUUCCCAUUUUCUUUUGCUAUCGUGGACUCAGAAAACGAGGAAAACUGGAGGUGGUUUUUUGAAAAUUUAGCUAAAGUUUUGACUCCACAAUGUAGGACGAUAACUUUUGUAUCUAAUCAUAACAGAGGUGCGACCGAAGAUGUUUCAAACAUAUUUCCAACAUCCCAUCAUGCAUUUUGUUUGAAUGAUAUGAAACAGAACCUCUCAUCUAAAUAUCCAGCUAAUUUUGGUAAAUUUUUUCGGGAUCGAAUUGUUGAGCUUUUUACGAAAUGCGUAUAUGCUCCAACUGAAGCUGCUUUUGAGUUUAAUAUGAAAAAUUUAAAAGAUGAAGGCGGUGCUCCUAUGAAGACCUUUCUAGAAAAUUUCCCCAAGGAGAAUUGGUCAUAUGCCUAUUUUAAGGGUAAUCGAUAUGGUGACAUGUGCAGCACUGUUUCUGAAUCAUUUCAAUCUUGGAUUUCGGAGCUUUAUGCGUUGCCUAUUUGUCAAAUGGUUGAUGGCAUCAGGAUUAAACUCAUGGGACUGAUGUCUCAAAGGAGUUGUGAAGCAAAGGAAUGUUGUUCUAUUCUCUGUCCUGUGAUGGGGAAAACCUUGAACGAAAUGUCGAUUGUUGGUCGGCAUUGGAAUACUAUCCGUUCUAGUGCUUCUGUUUUUGAGGUUCAUGCUGAAGGUUCUUUUAUGGUUGAUUUAGAUAAGCAUUUUUGCUCCUGUCAUGAGUGGCAAAUAAGAGGCUUUCCCUGUGCUCAUGCAGUUGUUGCUGUUCAAAAAAAUUCGGGUUGCAUAUAUGACUACAUUGAUGAUUAUUUCAAGUUGAACUAUUUUAGAAGUUCAUAUGCAAAUCUUAUUUCUCCCAUACCUGACAUUAAGGACGCGGUGCGUGGGUGUUCAGCUGAUAAUGUUAUCCUACCUCCACUUAUUAGGCAGCCAGGGACUAAAAAGAUGAAAUCUGCUGGUGAGUUUUCAAGGGCUGUUACAUGCAGUCGAUGUGGUGCAGUUGGACGGCAUAAUAAGAAGACAUGUACUGCAAAUAUGUGAUUCUGUUUCGCGGUGUUUAUUUAUUUAUUAACCUUUUCGACUUUUUUUUA